GAAUUGGGAAAGAGCAGGGAACUGGUCGGUCCCUCUGAUCCUGGUCAGGGAUAUUUGGAGACACCAACAAUUCUGGGAAAUUCAGAGGUGGGGAGUGAAAAGGGCAGAGACAGAGGGGACAACAACACAGUGCAUCCCAGCGCCCCCAGGUCUGCUCCCCUUCCCAAAGGGUUCAAUGAGGUGUGAGGUGACUGGCUUGUGGGUGUGUGUGGGGAUAGGCCAGAAGACUCCCCUUCCCUGGGGAGAAGAGCAGAGGCAACUCAUCCCCCACUCCCACCCCCAAGUUCCAAAUCUAUUUCCAUCUUUGUUUACCGUCCAAAGUCCCAAACACUAGAGAUGCCAGAUUCCGCGUGCUCAGACACACAGACACCCAUACACACAGACACACGGGUCCAGGGCCCUCAUAUGGACCCUGACUCCUCCACUCCCACUAUUCAGGGCUGGCCACCAACUCCAAUUCUCCAGGUUUCAGCCCCUUUCUUAGCCUGGGAUCUGCAUAGCAUCCAGGGACCUGGGAGCCAGACCUACAGAACUUCAGUCCAACACCAGGCCUAUCAUGACGAAGGAAUAUCAAGAUCUUCAGCACCUGGACAAUGAAGAGAAUGACCAUCAUCAGCUCCGAAGAGGGUUACCUCCUUCUCAGCCUUUUUUGCAGCGGCUCUGCUCCGGACCCCGCCUCCUCCUGCUCUCCUUGAGUCUCAGCCUUCUGUUGCUGGUGGUUGUCUGUGUGAUUGGAUCCCAAAACUCCCAGCUGAAGGAGGAGUUGAAGGCCCUGAGUAAGACCUUCAGCAACUUCACAGUGAGCACUGAGGCUGAGGUCAAGGCCCUGAGCACUCAGGGAGGCAAUGUGGGAAGAAAGAUGAAGUUGCUGGAGUCCCAGCUGGAAAAACAACAGCAGGAUCUGAGUGAAGAACACUCCAGCUUGCUGCUCCACGUGAAGCAGUUUGUAUCUGACUUGCGAAGCUUGAGCUGUCAGAUGGCUGUCCUCCAGGGCAAUGACUCUGUAAGGACCUGCUGCCCCAUUAACUGGGUGGAACAUGAAGGUAGUUGCUACUGGUUCUCCAGCUCUGGGAGGCCCUGGCCGGAGGCUAACAAGUACUGCGAGCUGGAGGACUCUCAUCUGGUGGUGAUCACCUCCUGGAAGGAGCAGAGAUUUGUCCAGCACCACAUGGGCCCUUUGAACACCUGGAUGGGUCUAACAGAUCAAAAUGGCCCUUGGAAAUGGGUGGAUGGGACUGACUACGAGACAGGCUUCAAGAACUGGAGACCAGAUCAGCCAGAUGACUGGUACGGACAUGGGCUGGGAGGAGGCGAGGACUGUGCCCACUUCACCCCUGAUGGCCGUUGGAAUGAUGAUUUCUGCCAGAGGCCGUACCGCUGGGUCUGUGAGACAGAGCUGGGCAAAACCAACUAGGAGCCUUCCUCCCCCUAAUUUAUUUCCUCAAUGCCUUGAGCUGCUGAGGUCUGGGAUUGGAAAUCCUCCUAUGUGGGGGUCUGCACUGUCUUGGGGAUUUUCAUCUAGGAUCUAAGGGGAGGGGUGAGUGUACAGUGUUGUUUGGAAGGGUGGGGUGAUGGCAACCCAUGACACUUUCAGCAGUGUGAAGCUUAUUAUUGACAAUUUUUUUUUAGAGUAAAAGGAAGAGAAAUAUAUUUAAACGUCCUAUGAACUGUCUGGUUACUGGGCAUUAGGAACUGGGAGGGGCCUGGUUGGCAUUAGGAAGACCUGGACAGGUAGAGGUAUCAUGAGAACUGAAUGAGCUUUGGGCCAGAUGGUCUGGGUAGGAGUCCAGCUUUGUUAUUUGCAGGUGUUGAGCUUGGGCAAGUAACUUUGUUCUGUGAAACUCAGCCACAAGAUAGGCUUGUUAGUGAGGACCAUCUACCUGCUGCAAUACCUCCAGUUCUGAACCACCCCAAGUUGUUGAGUGCUUCAAAUACCUUAAAUGAGCCAUUUGCAUGGUGACCUCUAUAAUCCAAGCUACUCAGGAGACUGAGACAGGAGAAUUACAAGUUUGAGGCCAGACAGUAAUUUAUUGAGACUCGAUAAAAUAAAAAAAGGCUAGGGAAGUAACUCAGUGGUAGAGCACUUGCCUAGCAUGUGUGAGGCUCAGGGUUCAACUCCUAGUACCACAAAAUAACAACAAACAAACACACACUUUGGAUAAAACUCACUGGCAUCUAUUAUAUUUAGUGUAUUAAACAGAAGUCACAUUCAUAAAUAGGUGACAAAUACCAUGAAUACAUACAACCUGAUUCACCAAACAUAUGAGGACAACCAGGACCUUGAAAGAAAAGCAUUAAUAUUAACAGAAUCAACAGUCAAGUCUGGGAGUGAGGACAAUUAGGACUUUACAGAUACUUCUGGAAAUAGUAACAAAAAUAGACAAGAGUGUUUGCUCACAUACAAGACAUAUGCUAAUUUCAAAAACAAGCAGUGCUCUGACCAUAAUAUAGCAGUUAGAAAUGGAGAGCAGAGUACAUCCUGUAAAAAAUGUAUCAACAGCCAGGCACAGUGGUCCAUACCUGUAAUCCCAGGGACUUGAGAGGCUGACUGCAAGUUUGAGGCAACUUAGUGAGACCCUGACUCAAAAUUAAGAGGAAAAAGCUGGGGAUGAGUAUGGUGGGGCACACCUGUAAUCCCAGCAACUUGGGAGGUUGAGGCAGGAGGAUCACGAGUUCGAGGCCAGUCUCAGCUACUUAGGGAGACCUUAAGCAAUGUUGUGAGAUACUGUCUCAAAAAAAAAAAAAAAAGGGCUGAGGAUGUAGUUCAGUGGUAGAGCAUCUCUGGUUUCAAUCUCUUGGGACCAGGAAAAGGAAGAAAGAAAGAAAAUAAAAAACAAAAUAAAGGAUCAGUUAUGUAUCUAAAUACAUUGCUGAUUAUUUUAAAUGUAAAAAACUAAGUUGUCUUGUUAAAAGACAGACAUUUCCAGACAAACUAGAAUCCAAUUACAUGCUCAAAAGACACAUCUGAAUCAGAAAAGUUGAAAACAAAAAUAUGAAAAACAUAUUGGGGCAAAUUCUAAUUGAAAUGAACUAUCAUAAGAAAGUAUACUUUAUAACAAAAAGUAUUAUUAGAGAAAAAGAGGGCCACUUUCUAAAGAUAAAAUGUUCAAAAAUUCAACAGGAAUAUACACCAGUAAUAAGUAUGUAUGCACUGAAUAACAGCCACAAAACUUAUGAAGUACAAAAUUUUGAACUACAAGAAAAAAAUAGAGGGCUGGGGUUGUAGCUCAGUGGUAGAGCAUUUACCUUGCACACAUGAGGCACUGGGUUCAAUCCUUAGCACCAUAUAAAUAGAUAAAAUAAAGGUAUUGUGUCCAUCUACAACUAAAAAUAUUAAAAAAAUAGAAAAAUCUAUAUAUUUUUUUCUGUAAAAGGAUGAUCAAAUAUCUUUCUCAGUAAUUGAUAGAUCAAGCAAAAAAAAAAAAAAAAAACAAAAAACCUUUAGGAUACAGAUGUUUUGAAGGCAGAAUAAUCUAUUAUGACCUAAUGGACAUACCCACUGAACUUCACUCAUCAUCUGCAGAAUAUCCAUUCUUUUCAAGUACUCCCAGACAUUUUUAAAAAAUGGUGCAAAUACUGGGACAUAAAGCAUCUUUUAAUAAAUUUCUAAUGGGGAAUUUUCACUACCAUGAGGGGAAAUAUAAACUCCUAUAUCAAAAUUAAUUAAUCAAAUCAGCAUAUUAUGAGAUAUCAUAUUCAAGUAGCAUAUAUAUCAAGAAUUCAGAUAAUUUAACAUCAGAAAAUUUGGUUAGUAUGAUAGAUUUAGGGAGUACAGAAGGAUCGAUUAAGGGACGAUAAAAGAUAAAAUUACACAAUACAGAAAAGCACUCAGCAAAAGUUCAGCUCCUCUGCACAAUAAAACCUUUCAGGACUUUGGCAGCUUCUAUCUUGUUGCUUCACUGCUGUUUCGACUAGAUGUUCCAAGACACCUGGCCCAGUCACGACACACUCCAGACCAGGGAAAAGAGAAGGAAACAGCACACUUUCUUUCUCUGUCUAUAGGACACUUCUGGAAGUUGUCAGCUAACAUCUCUUGGAUCAGAGUGAGUCUCAGGGCCACAGUUAGCUGCAAAUGGUUCUGAGAGGUGCACUCUUUAUCCCACAAGGAAAACUUCAGGGAAUUCUAUUUUUGUAGAACAGGAGUCAACAAAUUUUGGCACUCACCUGUUUUUGUAAAUAAAGUUUUAUUAGAACACUGCA